UCAAGUAACCCCACUGUCAGGGUAUCGCCACAUUUGUAGGGUUUUGUAAAUAUAAAUCGCCCUAUAAAUCUAUCAAAAUAUGGGAUACAAAUUUUUGAGGCUAGCUUCAACUUCAUUCAGGAAUGGAAAUGUACCAAUUGGUAUAAGACAUUACUCUUCCGCCCAUGACGCCGACCUAGUGGUGAUCGGGUCUGGCCCUGGUGGAUAUGUAGCAGCUAUCAAAGCUGCACAAAUGGGUUUGAAGACUAUCUCUGUUGAAAAAGAUCCUACCCUGGGCGGUACUUGUUUGAAUGUUGGCUGUAUUCCCUCAAAGGCCCUACUUCACAAUUCCCACUUAUAUCAUAUGGCGAAACAUGAUUUUAAACACAGAGGUAUUGAAGUUGGCAAUAUUUCUUUCAACUUUGAGGCUAUGAUGAAGUACAAAGAAAAUGCUGUUAAAGCCUUGACUGGUGGUAUCGGCAUGUUGUUCAAUAAGAACAAGGUUAAACUAGUUCGAGGGCAUGGUUCCAUUGUCGCUCCAAACAAAGUUGAAGUCAAAGGAGAGAAAGGCGUUGAAACUAUUAACACAAAAAACAUUAUUAUUGCAACUGGCUCUGUAGUUACACCCUUCCCAGGCGUCACAUUUGAUGAAAAACAAAUAGUCUCGUCAACGGGAGCCCUAUCUUUACCUAAAAUGCCGAAAAAGAUGUUGGUUAUUGGCGCAGGAGUUAUUGGUCUUGAGCUGGGUUCAGUUUACCAAAGACUGGGUGCCGAUGUAACAGCCAUUGAGUUCCUAGAGAAUAUUGGAGGGGUCGGUAUCGAUGGUGAGGUUUCCAAAACCCUGCAUAAGAUCAUGUCGAAGCAAGGUAUGAAAUUUAAACUUGGCACCAAGGUGAUGGGGAUAAAGAAAGAUGGGAGUACUGUGAAGGUGGACGUUGAAGCUGCUAAAGGUGGAAAUAAAGAAACUUUGGAUUGCGACGUGGUAUUGAUAUCUAUAGGGCGGCGCCCCUUCGUGGAGGGUCUGGGUCUAGAUAAGGUCGGCAUCGCACUGGACGACAGGGGCCGUGUACCGGUCAACAACAAAUUCCAAACUACCGUGCCCGGAAUUUACGCGAUCGGUGACGUCAUCCAUGGUCCCAUGUUGGCUCACAAGGCUGAGGACGAGGGCAUCGUUUGCGUGGAGGGGAUCAAAGGUAUGCCGGUACACUUCAACUACGAUGCGAUCCCGUCGGUUAUUUACACCAGCCCUGAAGUGGGUUGGGUCGGGAAAACGGAGGAGGAUCUCAAGAAAGAGGGAAAAGCAUACAAAGUGGGCAAAUUUCCGUUCCUAGCCAAUUCUCGCGCUAAAACAAACGGCGAACCAGACGGCUUCGUGAAGGUCUUGGCUGACAAGGCGACCGACGUCAUACUAGGAACACAUAUCAUUGGACCGGGAGGCGGCGAGUUGAUCAACGAGGCUGUCUUGGCGCAGGAGUAUGGAGCGGCCGCAGAGGACGUCGCCAGGGUCUGCCACGCGCAUCCUACGUGCGCCGAGGCCUUACGAGAAGCCAACAUGGCUGCGUACAUUGGAAAACCAAUCAAUUUUUAAAAUACACACGUUUUUCUAUUGUACAAUUACUCUAUAGCUCCUAAACCCAAUCGGUAGUCGAGUCACCCUGAGGAUCUUGUAUGAAUCUAAUGUGCAUUCUGGGUGUUAAUGUCAUUAAAGUGUACGAUCUAUAUUAAAUACGAUUUAUUAUUACUAAUUAAAUUGACAUAAAAACGAUGAGUAAAUUUCGCCUCCUUUAUCAAUUUUUCAUUCCGUCUGCACGAAACUAAAUUGUUCUGAAGCAUUUACCUAAAGUGAAUGUUGUUUAUAUCGUGUAUCUAUCUUUUGUAAAUAGGUUUAAAAUAUAUUUAUCUGUUAUUUUAUUUUAUUUUUUUUAAUUUUUAUUUCUCCAACAAUGCGUUUAAGUUAAUUGGAAUACGAAAUGCUCUUAUUGUUGUUUAAAACAUGCAACCAUUAAAGGCCGUGCUAUGUU